AUGGCGUACCGACAUGUGGUGAAGAAACCAACAUUGCAAGCUCGAAUAUUUCUUUGUAAUUGGUACAUGAAGAUCGUCAGACCUGGAAGAGAACUGCCAGAUAAUACAGUUCAGUUUCAUGUGCCCAUGGAGUAAGUUGAUGGUUUUUUUUUGGUCAUCCCUGUUUACCGCUGCAGUUCGAAUUUUGCAUGGAUCGAAGCGACUUUACAGAUAGGACAGAUACCGUCGGUUGCAGCUCCAAACGUUCGAAGUUUGGAGUAGGUGGCUUUUGUCGACUUGAUUUAUUUUCGCUCAACAAAAUAUUCGUGGCAAUAAUUUUAAGACGUUAAGAAUAAUUUCUGGAGGCAAGUGUGUUGUUUCUGAGCAAGAAAUAAUUAUGCCUAAAAGUUGACAAAAACGAAACAUGAACGGAACGCGCUGGUCAAAAACAUGUAAACAACUUAGCUUUGGCGCUACAGUUUCCUUUAAUGGCUGUCAAACUGCAAAUUUUUGGCGCCAUCUUGACGAGUAGGCAAACGCGUGAGAAAUUACAGUGUUUGUAUGAGAAUCUAAUGUCAAAUAAUUUCCGUAAAACAGCUGUUCUGAAAAAAAGUAUGAAUUGUAAACUAAAGCUUCACUCCUAAGGAUUUUACUGAAAAAAAUUGAGGGCGUUACAUGCGCCAGAAGACCUAGAACCACUUUCUAAAAUGUUCUAUACAUUUGUCAGUAAGAAAGUCCUGGGAAAAAUUACAGACAAUAUGGAAAAACUAAAGCAAGCCUUUGGAGAAAUUCAAGCACAGGUAUGCCCCCCCAAAUUUUUUAGGACAAUACUUUGCUUUGUAGCUUUAAUUUACAAUGAAUAUUUUUUUCAGAGCAUCCAUUUUACGGAAAUUAUUCGACAUUAGAUUCUCAAACAAAUACUGUAAUUUCUCACAUGUUUGCCUACUUGUCAAGAUGGCACCGAAAACCGUGACAAGGUCUAUUGUCAGGCAUUUCCAAAGUUGUGUGCCCACAGAUGAUGAAUAUUUUUUGUUCUUCUGUUGUCUCCAAAACAAUCAAGAUGUUUCACCAAUUUCCACCCACAAAUAAUAGGAGGAGACAUUAUUCACAGGAAAAAAUAACGGAUUCCCAUUUUUGGAUACUUUAGGGUAUUUAAAGAAUACCCUUAAAAAUUCCAAAUUUGGCAAAGUGAGACAAGUCCCAACCAGGGAAUCCCCAACCAAGUUCCCUGAUUGUGACUUGUCUCAUUCUUCCAAAUUUGGGAUUUUUGUGGGUAUUCUUUAAAUUAUUCCCUAAAAUAUCCAAAAAUGGGAAUCGGUUAUUUUUUCCUGUGAUUUUGAUUGACAGUAAAAUUUGCAUUUACUAUUGACAUGUAUCAAUAGGUGCGAUUCCGUAAACCCCCUCCCUUCGGCAAAAAGAUUUGGGGCAAUUUAUUGGUCUGGCCACUUACUUGCUUGAAGCAUGCAGUUUUUAAUUCUAAAUAAUCUCCCCACAGUUUUAUUAAAUGUUUCAUGAUAUUAUGUUUCUUUUCAGCAUGUCGAAACUGGAUAUUAGAAAUUACCUUCAGAGUAUCUACAAAGUUGAUGUUUACAAGGUGAACACCAGAAUACAACAUGGUGAGCAGUCCUGAAAAUAAUUGUCCCAUGUAAGGUUAUCCAAGACAGUCUUGGAUUCUGGAUUCAACGCUGUGGAUUCCAGAUUCCAAGUACUGUAUUGUGGAUUCACUGUCAGUAGAACUUGGAUUCGGGAUUCCAAUCGUUAGAGAGAUUCUGGAUUCCUCAAGCUCAAUUCCAGAUUCCAAAGCCUAGGAUUCUGGAUAGACUGCGAAAACAGCCGUUUCUCCUCGCUCCUCUCCACUGGGAACGUUUCGCAAGGAAGAACGUCUGCGACUCAGUGACAGAAAUUCCGUAUUGACGACGCACAUGUAUAUCAAUGUUUGCAUAAUAAAUCUGGUAGUCACAGGGUUCCAAAUGCAAAUUUGUUCGAUUUUACAUUUCUCUUGGUCGAUUUUCGUAAAGUUUUGUGUUCAUCUGCAAACAAGCUCCAGCAAAACUCAAAUGCUUCUUCUAGAGAAGAAUAUAUUCUAGAAAUAUUUACUGUUUUUUUUAUAGAUUCAUGGCACUUACAUUUGACCUUUGUAGCCCUUUGUCUUUUGUCUGUCAUUCGUAAACAAUAGCUAAAACAAUAUUACUACUCCAUCGACCAAUCGGCGCUUCUGACUGGAUUCUGGACGGAUUUUACAUCAUUAGUAUAGAAUUUCUGUUACAGAGUCGCAGAUGUUCCUCCUCGCAAAAUGUCCCCCAUGGCAAGAAGCAAGGAGAAACGGCUGUUUUCACAGGCUAGAUUCUGGAUUCCAGAGGCAAAAAUUUGCCAGGCUUCAGAGUCCAGAUAACCUUACAUCGGAGAACAGAAACUGUGCCAGUGUACUGAUCUUCUGUUAUCGUAGCCCGCAAGUAACCUCUUCAUUUGGGUAGUAUUACAAGAGGUCAUAUGUGAGUGGCACAAGAAAGUGUUGAGCCUUAAGAGAUUUGGGUUUUCUUGGUUUGCUUUGCUUGUUACUCAAAUGGAGAGCUUGAAAGUUAUCAUAAUAUUGAUCAUGUUGAUCAUGAUAUCGUUUUAAAGGAAAGGGAGAAUAAGUGAUGUGGGGUAAUCAUUAAUCAGAAGCAGAAGCGGAAGCAUAAACCAAUCACGAUGCAUGUUCCCACGCUUUGUGUUUGGUUUAGUUCUUCCCCUUCUGCCUGGGACUCUGAUGACCCAGUUUUCACUUGAUCAUAAAUUACACAGUCAAAAGGGGAAUCACAAUCUGUUUUCACUAGAUGGUGGAGUUUUACGUUUCUGAUUACGACUCCAACUCCGUCACUAGUGAAAACCAGUCUUAAUGUCAUGAGUAUUGUAGUACUUUAUUGCUACUGAUAUUACACAGUUGCUUAUUUUCUGUGUUUGUAGGGAGAUAAUAUAAUGAUUAAACUACAGUUAUAAAGCAGGAACUACAUCAUUCAAGACAUUAUAAUAUUUUUAUUUCUUGCUAAAAAUAUAAGUUCAAUGUUUUAAGAAAAGCAAUAGCAAUGAAAAAAUACAAACAAAUUUUGGUGUUUCCUGUAUUUAUUUUCAUAGUAUUAAUACUUUCACAUUCCCUGCUUCUUCAGCUGAAGUUGAUAUAAAACUGUGGUGAUAGGGAAUAGUUAUAAAACACUGUGCUUAACUCUUCAUGGACUAAAAAGGUGUUGCAUAUUUUCUAGAAACAUGCUGUCUUUUUUACUUAAUUUUAGGUAAAACAAAAACUAUAAUCAAGAAUGACAAACUUGUGAAAAAGAAACUUCCUGAUUACAAAGUGGCCUAUGUAACUCUGGUAAGUAUUGUGCACAAACUGGGUUAUGUAACAUAUUUUCCAGGGCAGAAAGUUCACUUUGUAUUGUUAUUAUUUUAGUUAAAUAGGGCUGUCACUGAGAGCUACAUGUACUAAAGGCUAGGAGGUAGGGAGUUUCCCCAGCUACUAUAAUAAAUAUGGCCCUCUAGCUUCCUAUUUAUUUAUUUAUUUAUUUAUUUAUUUAUUUACUUGGGUUCACCAAUUCUAGGCAGGGUCACCAUAACAGCGUAUGUUGCUACUUAACGCAGGCCCAUGACAAUCGCUCCCCCCAUGAAAGAUAGAUCACCACACCAGGGACUAUAGAGUACCGAAGUGUGACGUCAUAGAAAAUGAAAUUUUUGAAAUUAUGGGAUUUGUUAAGAUAUUCUCAUGAAAGAUAGAUCACCACACAGGGACUAUGCCUGAUGACUCCAUACAAAUCCACUGGUUUUCUUAUGAACACCAAAUUUAGAAGGAUUUGGGUUCUUUAACAUCCCACAGGAUCUACCCCCAUAAUUUCACAAAUUUCAUUUUUAUGACGUCAUCGAGUUGUGGUUUUGAACACUGGGUGGGUUCUUUAACAUCCCACAGGAUUUGCCCGUGUAAGAGUUGUGAGACGGGGCCUACAGUUUAGCAUCCUUAUGUGAGGAGACUAGAAAUUCUAGCCUUUUGCAGAUGUUUUAACAAAGGCAGCACUUUCUCCUUAGUUAUUUAAACACCCUGAGUGUUGGUCCAGCUGGGGUUUGAACCAACAGCCUCCCUCUUGGCAGGCUGGCAUUGGUCAGUUGAGCCAACUGAGUGGUUUCAUAGGAAACAGACAAAAUUAGAACCUAACAAACCAGCUACGUCUUCAAUUCCUCCCCACUAAUUGCGUAUACAGCUGUACCUUGUAACUUGAAAUCUUAGUACACUGGUAACAGCCCUGUUUAGUUUUAUUCCUAGAUCUAUUUUUUUUUGCCUUUGUAACCCUGAGUAUAAUAACAACGGGUAAAUAAGAACUGAUCUUGGGGGUAAAAUUUUAUGUAGUACAUAACGUUAUCUGAAUAAGUAUGAUGAGCUCAACCAGUGUAUAAGCUGACUUAGUGUAGAAAAGUUGAGGAAAGUGGCUUGGAUCAUCUUAAAAGCAUUUUAAGAGCAAGCCUUUGUACUUUGGACCUGGUAAGGGCAUUUAGGCCAGUACUGUACCAUUUAAACUUUUCAAUCUGAGAAUAAAUUUACUAAGAGGUACAGUCUGUGAUUCUGCAAUUUUAUUUUGAGUUGCAUGGACAAAUUAAUAGUGGAGCUGGUAGCAUGGCCAAGUGAAUGCGUUGUCCUCUGUCCUCCCAAUCCAAUUGACCUGGAUUGGAGUCCCGCUCUGAGCAAUAGCUAGCUUUGUUCUCGGUCAUCUUUAGUUCAAAUCCUUGGUCAUGCUUGUAACUAACUCACUGGCUGCUUCUUACCAGAUGGGGUUUUUAAUCCUGUCAUGCUACAUGUAUAUGUUUAUUAUAUUUUUUGAAAUUUUUAGAUUAGAGUAAUUGUAGACCAGCUAGAGCAGUUAAUAGCAUCUCACUAUAAAAGAACAUUUACCAUUAUUACAUGUAAUGAAAAUAUUAUUUUACCCUUUGAGGUAACGCUCUCCCACCAUAUUCAAAAAUUACAUGGAAAUAAGCGCCAACGAAGUUAUUGAAGAGUGUUAAAUAAAGUAUGUGGGGGCCUCUUCAUUAUCUUCGUUCAUUAAGCAUUUGUUCUGUUAUUAAAAGAUUAUUACAGCCCUCAUUUGAAUUAGGCUUUGUGUAGGAAAGUCAAAGAUGAUUGCUGUCGAGUCAGUCGUUAGUUUUUGAGCAGUCAAGAUGAAAGCAAAGAGACUGAAUACCCUUUGGUACAGUAAUGUUAUGUUAAGAAUAUUCCUCUAUCUGAUCUCAACCUUCUUUCUCUUCAGGCUAGUGGUACUUUUAAGUUUCCUGAUUUGUUCCCAAAGGAUGAGGAAAAAGAUGAAAAAUCUGCUGAAGAAGACAGUGCUACGGAAACAACUGCCUCUAUACGAUGGUUUUAAACACCUGAUGUACAGUUGUAUGAGGUACCACAUCAGUCCUUGCCCAGCCCUGAAUAGCGGUGUAGUUGACAACGCUUCCGUUUUGCGUUUAAGACUCUUCUCUUCGGUAUUGCGUCGAAAGAAGCUGGGACUGACAAAAUUAUGUUCACUCAAGUUUGGGGCUGGUCACCGACAACUUAAGAUUUUUACUAGAAAGAUGCUUUUUUUGUCAUUAAAAUGACGCAGAACUUUCUCUCGGUUUAAACUACAUGCUACUUGUAUAUGUACUAGUUUAAUGGCAGCCAUCUUGUGGAAUACAAACUCUACAGGAAAGGACACGAGACAAUGCAGCUAUGAAUGAGAAAUGAUGCAUCAGAAACAAAGGACAACUAUCAAAUACUAUUAUCGCGCUGGAUUACUUCAUUCCACACCCACUUUUGUUGUUGCUGUAUUUUCUUAGGCUGUAAUCCUGCGAGAAGAAUGGGAAAGAAGGAAAGCUAAGUAGGCUAAAAAAAGCACAUUGUUUUGUAUACAGUAAUACAUUCUUUUACGUGGUUAUAUGCUAUACAGUAGGUUGUGUGUUCAUACAUACCCCUGUUCACGACCCGAUCCCUUUGCCAGUGCCUCGUGCUCAUUUUUGGAGACGGGUGGGUAGUUAAUCACCACGGGCUACUGAAUUCACAGGCAAAAUCGUUGAUGAGAGAGUGUAAACUAUCAACGAGGGAGCCACUCUGCACUUCCUCUUAACCAAUUUGGUUCCAUAAGCACUUGAACUCCCCGCUUUGAUUGACCAAGAACAUUUUCGUUAAAUGGGAAUUCAAAAGCUUCUGGAACUGGCCUAGAGUCUUCCGCUAUUGUCGUAACUUUGCCUGGAGUGUUUAUCCCGUGAAUAUCCCGUCCCAGUGAGCUGUUCCCUAUAAGGUCUUUGAAGCUAAUUCACGCUUUAUAUUCAGUAGAAACUUUGAACAGUCCAGUCAAUCUAUGAAAUUUAGGAGGGUCAACUUUAAGCUAAUUGUAACCGAGGUAAUCAAUUUUUUUUAAACGCUGUUCAGUCAAGGUUCGUCUUAACAGGAAAAUCAGCUAAAAAUCCGUCAUAAUCCGUUCGGUGGAAGAUGUGAAAAUUUAGGGUUAACUACUGUGUUAUAGUUUUUUCGCGAUCACGCGAAUGCCUUGCGUGAUCGCAAAAAUGCAUUGAAUACGUACCUCACGCCGUGAAUUUGCUCCAACUCAUCGAAACGAGAAAUACUCAGCACAUCACAACCAGUCGCUCAAAAUUUUUCUUCAGCCGUUCAUCCGUUCGACCUC